AUGGCGGAAGUGGCGGUCCAGACGGGGCCCGGCGAGCUAGCAAGAAUGCGGGGGCGCGGCGAGGUGGACACCUCGUCCCAGUUCGAGUCCGUGCGGCAGGCCGUCGACCGGUUCGGCGGCGGCGCGCUCUCCCCGUGGCGGCAGACGCAGGCGCCGCCGCCGCUCCAGCUCCGGCCCGAGGAGGUAGAACUUAUGAAAGUUGAGGAACAGACUGUGAAGGUCGAGAUGGGGCUCUUUGUCAAGGAAAGCGAAACGUUCAAGGUGUUGAAAGAGUUGCAGUCAACAAAGCAGGUUAUUGAUGACUUGAAGUUGCAAAUAGAGAAGGCAACAUUAGAGGCUGGAAAUGCAGCAGCAGGUCAUGCAGACACCAUGGAGGCACAUCCACUUCCUGAUGUUGAACAGAAACCCCGCAGCCAUACCGAGCCACUGAUACACAGCAUAAAUAGCAAGCAGUCUCCACUAGCCACAUUGAUCAAGCUGAAUCAGGCAAAAGCGUUCCUGAACCUGGAUACUGUAAUGAUGUUUAGGGGCCAGAUAGAGGAGGAGAAAGCAUCGCUACAAAAAACCCGUGAAAGGUUGCAGUUGAAUAUGAGGAAAGCUUCAGCACUGGAAGCAGAUUUGAGCAGAACCGCCGCGCAGCUACAAGCAGUAAAAGAUCCCAAACCUGUCCUCGAACCUUCUGAGAUAUGGCUGCAAAUGAAACAGUUGAAUUCUGAAAGAGAUAAGCGCAAGAAGAUGAUUGAGGAUUCGAAAUUCGAGAUUGAUGAAUUGACUUCCACCAUUGAGCACACAAGGUCCAAGACGAAGACUCUUCAGUUCAGGAUCAUCAUGGCCGACAAACUGAAGGAAGCCUCGAGGCGGGGAGAAGCUUUUGCUCUCGCAGAGAUGGCAAAACUAAGCGGCACAGAGGACCUGGAGACUGAUAGAUCCGAUGUCAAACUUUCUAUCGCGGAACACUCCGUGCUGGUGCGCGAAGCACAGAAAUCAGAAGAUACCGCUAGGAGCAAAAUAGACGCGGCGAUGCAAGAGCUCGAUGAUGCAAACCAUGGUAAGGCAGAACUUUUGGAAAGAGUAGAGGAAGCAAUGUCAGCUGUCCAGACCAGUAGGAAGGUACUAGGGGAGGCUCUAAAGAGGGAGGAGUCGGCAAACAAAGGGAAGGUUGCUGCCGAAGAAUCACUACGAAGCCUUCGGUCCGACCAAAUAAUCCUGAACUGGCGACCGACCAGCAACAAAUGCAAUCCUGCAAAGUUCAAGACCUCAGCAACGCCAGCGACGCCCCGGAAGGCUGGCACCGGGAUAUACGACGUGAACGGCCUGAGCCUGGUGACCACCACACCGAAGAGCACGAAGGCGAUGUCCAUCGGGCAGAUCCCGAGCAUGAAGCUCGACUGCGAGUUUGAACCCACCACCCCGAGAAAGACCGCGAGCGCAAAGAAGAAGAAGAAGGUGUCACUCGGGCAGAUGCUGAGCGACAAGUACGAGAUGUACUCCCCGAAGAGGAUAGACCACGACGGCGCAUCCCGCAAGCAGUUCCAGCCCAGGAGGCGGAGGCUGGGGUUCGUCGUGUACGCGCUGCUUCUGCAUAGGAAGAGGCAGGCCCGGGCCUCCUCCUGGACGCAUGGGCAUGGCGGCUGCAGCGUCAAGGUUGUGUAG